AUGGAGCCCCACCAUGGUGCCCCUGGUCAGACCACUGCCAGCCCUUACCACCUAGCAACCAACACAACCACGUUCAACCCUGGAGAUCACAUCAAAGUUGUUCUGUCUGGAACAUCAUACUUCGAGGGCUUCCUGCUUGAGGCCAGAGAUGCAGCCAAUCAGAGCUCUGUAUCCACCAUUGGCACCUUCACCCUGACCAAUCCCAACAGGACACAGCUGCUCACAUGUAAUAAGCAACAGGGAUCAGCAGUGAGCCAAACGAGUGAUGCCAGGCAGACAGAGGUGACUGUCAUCUGGAAAGCUCCUCCCGAUGCUCCCAGUGAGGUUCAUUUCUUCGUGACUGUAGUCGCCCACUACAGUGUAUUUUGGGUGAAGCUGCCUGGACCAAUCAUUUAUCGCCACGGUGUUACACCUCACCCAACUCCGCCCACCACUACACCUCCUCCGAUACAGACGACCACACCCUCUAUCCUGCCGGGACCUUUCAAUUCUGAUGGCUGUGGCGAAUCAAAAUCCUGCCUAUUAGACCCUCCAGGAUGUGAUCCACAAGAUUCUCACUGCUUCUUUUUGUCCAUGACCACAGACAGACCAGACAAAAUGUCUGUGACAUUCGAGCUGAGUGGCCCAGCGGAGGGAUAUGUUGCAUUUGCUUUGUCCUGGGACACAUGGAUGGGCAACGAUGAUGUGUAUAUGUGUGUAAAAGAUGGGGACAGAGUAUCAGUGAGUGCUGCCUUCGUUAGUGGACGAACACACCCUGACGACCAGACACAGUCUGGGAUCUCCUCAGUAUUAUGGCGGCUGGCAGAUGGAGUGAUCCAAUGCAGGUUCAGCAGACCAGUCAAACUGGCCGAUCAGGAACCAGGCCGCUAUGAUCUGGACCAAGAGUACUUCCUGUUUCUAGCCAGUGGACAUGCUCAGUAUGGUAAAGUAAGGAAACAUAGUCAACAACCAUUAGUCUCCAGCCACAGAAAAUGUGUCACUGGCCCCCCUCAGGUCCUCACAGGUUCCCGAGGACCCACCAUUAUGAAAAUGCAUGGUGCACUAAUGCUGAUAGCCUGGAUGCUAACCGGGAGUGUUGGCACCUUCAUCGCCAGCUUCUACAAGUGUGACUGGCCGAAUCAAACUCUGCUUGGGCAGAAAGUCUGGUUCCAGGUUCAUCGAGGCCUGAUGAUGCUAACUGUGACUCUGACCGUUGUAGCCUUUUGCCUCCCAUUUCUCUACAGGAAAGGUUGGAGCAAGCAUGCAGGUGUCCAUCCCUAUCUUGGCUGUUGUGUUGUGGCGUUAUCUCUACUCCAGCCAGUACUGGCUGUGUUCAGACCACAUCCUGACUCUCACAGGAGGUUCAUCUUUAAUUGGGCCCACUGGGGACUUGGAUCUGUGACUGAGACUGUGGCAGUGGCGGCCAUGUUCCUGGGUACACGUCAGUCAUCACUGCUCCUCCCCCAGCCAUGGGCAACACAUAUUUUAAUUGCCUAUGUCACAUGGCUGGCCUCGUUCAGGCUCCUCCUCCUGAUCCACGAACGCUUUUACCUGAAGAAAUCUCUAGGGUCAGAUGACCAACAGGCCAUUCUUCCUGACCAAUCAGAGCCCAGUCGCAGGUCCUGCUACAUCCAGAAAUACUCAGAUGACACAGCUAUUGUGGCGAGUAUCAGGAACAAGCAGGAAGAGGAGUAUCUGACUCUACCAACUGCUGCCUCAGCACCAAUCCAGAUCCAUCAGACCAGGCAAUUGCAGAGGGCAUCUCCAAAGUAUCAAGCAUGUCCUCAGCCAGAGGAACAUCCCCUUUAUCAGGGCUGGGAAGCAUCUACAGCUAAAGCCCAGAUCAGCAGCUGGUCUGCUCAGCUCUCUGUCAGACUGGGAGCUGCGAGUCGGCAGCUCAAGUUUCUGGACCAUGUUAUGAGAACUUUGUUGAGGCCAGAUGUGGUGCCAUCAUCAGCUUCUUCAGAGCACCCUGCAAAGGACCACACGGAAGAGGCAAAUGAAACAGAGGCAGUCCAAGUACUAGGAGCUGGUGGAGCAGUGCUGGAGAAGUGGCUGGAAAGUGCACUGGGGACCCGUUGA